AUGGCAGAAUGGGCGCCGAUUGAGGUGGCGGACGCACUAGAGCUGCUGUCCCCUGAUUUCAAAAACGAUGAGGUGCGCUCCCACGCCGUCAUGGUGCUCCAGGCGAAGGACGACGAGGAGCUGCUCUACUACCUGCUGCAGCUGGUGCAGGCGCUGCGUUUCGAGGCGGUGGACCUGUCGCGGCUGGCGCGGUUCCUCAUCGGCCGCGCCACCUCCAACCCCGCCUUCGCCACAUUCCUUCACUGGUACCUCUUCACGGAGUGGGAGGACCCCUCCUUUGGUGCGCGCGCCUCCUGCGUCCACGCGGCGCUGGUGGACGCGCUGACGGGCGCGCCGCGCGGCGAGGCGGUGUGGGAGGCCAUCCGGCGGCAGACCGACAUGGUGUCUCAGCUGGCCUACAUUGUCAAGGACAUUAAGAUGUCGCGCCUGAAGGCCGCCCGCGCCACCGACCGGCUGCGGGAGAUGCUCUCCGCCGACGGCCCCUGCGAGGAGCUCACCGCCGCGCGCGUCCCGCUGCCGCUCAACCCCAGCCUGCUGCUCGAGGGGCUCGUCCCCUCAGAGUGCGCCUGCUUCAAGAGCGCGCAGCUGCCCGUGAAGCUGGCAUACAGGGUGGCCCCGAGCCCGAUCGACUGGGAGGCGCCCGCACCGCUCGCGCCGCAGCGGCCGCCCGCGGGCAGCGGCCUGCACGGCAGCAGCAGCAGCAGCGGCGCGCUCGGCGACCUUUCGGGGUCAGCGGCGUUCCCCGGCGCCGCGGCGGCCGCCGGCGCGGUCGCCCCGGGGGCGACGCUCGGCGCCGCGGCACCGGCGGGGGCGCCUGCGGCGGCCGCGCUGCACCGGCUGCCGCCGCAGUGCCGCACGGCGCUGACGGUCGGCGGCGGCGGCGCUCUGCGGUGCGUGAUGAUCUACAAGAAGGGCGACGACCUGCGGCAGGAUCAGUUUGUGCUGCAGAUGCUGAGCCUGAUGGACCGCCUGCUCAAGCGAGAGAACCUCGACCUGCGCCUCACGCCCUACAGGCAGGGCCGGACGACCACAGCCCGUGGACUGGGCCUCACCCUUGCGGUGCUCCCCACGGGCAGCGACGACGGCCUGGUGGAGUUUGUGCCCAGCGUGCCCCUGAGCGCCCUGCUGGCAGAGCACCGCAGCAUCCACCGCUUCCUGCUGGCCAGCGGGCAGGGCGACCCCCAGGGCCCGUUUGGCGUGCGGGCGGACGCCCUUGAGACGUUUGUGCGCAGCUGUGCGGGGUACUGCGUCAUGACCUACAUCCUGGGGGUCGGGGACCGCCACCUCGACAACCUCAUGCUCGCGCCCGACGGCCGCCUCUUCCACAUCGACUUUGGCUACAUCCUCGGGAGCGACCCCAAGCCCUUCCCCCCGCCCAUGAAGCUCUGCAAGGAGAUGAUAGAGGCAAUGGGCGGUGCGGACAGCGGCCUCUACGUGCGCUUCCGCAUGCUGGCGUGUGAGGCCUACAACAUAUUGCGCAAGAGCGCCGACCUCAUCCUGAGCCUGUUCCACCUCAUGGCCGGAGCAAGCAUCGAGGCAAUCCGGUCCAACCCCGAAAACGCCAUGCUCAAACUUCAGGAGAAGCUGCGGCUGGACUUUGACGACGGCCAGGCUGUUGAGUGGAUGCAGCAGCUCAUCAAUGAGAGCGCCACAGCUAUGAUGCCCCAGAUCAUGGAGACCACACACCGAUGGGCGCAGUACUGGCGCUGA